AUGUCUGUCAACCGCAAUGUCGAUUCCGUCAACAACAAGCAGGGCGAAUUCCACCCUAGCGUCCCUCGCUCCGAGCCUUUAACCACCAAGGGCCAUGCCCCGGGUACCAAGGUCGGAAACGAUGCCUACCCUGAGUUCCACGCUCAAACAUAUCCCGCCGGCACAGCACCCAAGGAGAACACCUUCCAGCCUAACGCUCAAGACACUCCUGGCCAGGCUCUGAACCCCGAGGCCAAGACCUACACCGCCGCUAACGACUUCCCCGGCGCUACCAGCGCAGAUGUCCACACCGGUCUCGGUAAGCCCAUGCAGGGUCAGACCAGCCGCGAGCUGCAUGGCGCUCACCCGGGAAACCGCAAAAAGGAGAGUGCAGGACUUGAGGGCCUCGGUGCCUCUGGCAAGGACAACUUCAGAGAACGUCGGCUAGAUGUUGAUCAGGAGCCCGAUUCUCGCGGUAAGACCAAGAACGCUUCCGCUGUUCCUGGCGCGGAAGAGCGUUUGCCCGCCUCUGCUGAGGAGGUUGCUAGCGAGCAUCGCUAG